GUUGUGUUGUGCAAAUUGUCCCAACAUUCCAUCCUGCUUUACUGGGCGACCGAUGCAGAACGCGUCAAUGCUGCGACAGUGCCCGCUGCUGGUACCCCAGGACCUGCAUGGGAGAGUGUAUGAUGGCUUCCUCAGCCUCCAGGAUAAGGAUUUUCGAGUGCGGAUAAAUUUACCUGCAGAUCUGCAGCUACAAAAUGCAAAAAUUCAGUGCAGUUGGCCAUUAAAGAAUGCUUUGCAAGGUUAUCAGCAUAUUUUGAAACAGAGGCUACAACAUAGUCCUAAUUUAGCUAGUUUUAUGAUGGAGCUAAAGACUAUCUUGGAAGCUGCUCUGAAGAAUACAAAUGUAUUACAGACACCUCCUGCCCCCCAGUACUAUUCUUGUCUUGUGAAAGAUAUUGAGGACCUGGGCUGGGAUAAAUUAUUGUUUGUAGACACGGACUUCAGCACCAUCAACUUAAAAAUUGAAGAUUCUUGUGGUCGAGAACACCUAAUCAAAUUAAAGUUAAAUGCAAAGUAUCCUAAUGAGGCCCCUGAUUGCAGUAUAGAACUACCAGUUCCAUUUGCCAUCUCAUGGACACCGAAGAGUACCCUGCAAAAUAUAUAUAAUCAAGUUUUAGCAACACUGGAGUCCUUAAAAGAUUUUUGGGAUGCUUUAGAUGAAAUUGACAAGAAUACCUGGGUCCUGGAACCAGAAAAACCCACUCGCAGUGCCACUAUGAGGAGGAUUGCACUUGGUACCAAUGUAUCAAUUACAAUUGACCUUGAUCCUAGACAUCCCACCAUGCUUCCUGAGUGCUACUUUCUUGGAGCAGACCAUGUGGUAAAUCCCUUAAAAGAUAAACUGAAUUCCAAUAUACAUUUAUGGGAUCCAGAGAACGGCUUGCUGCAAAAUUUGAAAGAUGUCUUGGAAAUUGAAUUCCCAUUAAGGUCUAAUUUAGAAAAAGCAGAUUUUAGCAUGGACUGUGGUAUAUGCUAUGCUUAUCGGCUUGAGUCUGCCAUUCCAGAUCAGGUGUGCGAUGAUCCUCGGUGUGGGCAACCAUUUCAUCAAGCGUGCUUAUACGAGUGGUUAAGAGGACUUCCUUCCAGUAGACAAAGCUUCAAUGUCAUGUAUGGUGAAUGUCCUUAUUGCAACAAGCCAAUUACUCUGAAGCUAUCUGCUAAAAGAUCUUGAGGUUUCCACCUGCUAGCAAUUCUUGAAUAUGAGUAAAGGAAAAACAAAGAUGCC